UCGAGGAUCAUGAUGUCAUUUCACUGCCAGAUCUAUAAAGUAUCCCGUCCAAUUCCAACUCGCUGACCCCCACCAUACCGUCAAUAUGUCUUCCCCACAUCACGAUGAGAAAUCACCCAAAGAUGAUGCACCCCGGUCUCCUUCCAAGGUAGCCAGAGUCAACACUGCACCCCAGCAAGCUUCCACUUCACCUGGUGAUGGCGGACGUAUUCCCGCGGACCAGAUUCGUCUCCCAUCCGAGGUUGACCGCAAUGAUCCCAACAUCAACGUAGUUGAGCUUCCAGCGGAGAAAAAGCAGCCGCUUUCCUUCAAAGAACAAGUGUUUGGUUAUUCCCAGGUCAUCCGCGGAACAACUCUUGGUAAACCAGACGUCAAGGAGCACGGGGAGCAAGUCCUGCGAGGUGAAGAAAGCCUGCCGAAACGCCGAGGUUCGACUUCGGACUGAUAAUACCCUCGUCGUGUUCAUAUGUCAAUGAACUUGGCCUUUACUCACGCUCCAUUCCUGUUACUUGUACUUUUUACUCCGUUCCUAUCACUCGUAUUCCUAGUCACUCGUCACCUAUGUACAGUAGGACUUUCAGGGGAACAUAAAUUACGUAUUGAGUCCAUCAAAUUGCCAUCUUCGCAAUUGCCGAACUUCCUUCGUCCAUACAAAGUUCAAUUGUGGCGCU